AAACAUACGAACUAGUUUGCAAUUGUUUGACAUUGAGUUAGGAAAAAUGGGUUCCAAGGCUUUGCUCGUUCUUGUUAUGCUCUUGGCUUCUGUCCUCCUUCUUUCAGCGGAAGUUGCAUCCAAAGAUGUAGAUAAGAAACUUGAUAAAAAUGAUGGUAACCAUGAUACAAAAGGAGUCGAUGAAAUGAAAUAUUAUGGUGGUUGGGGGUCUGGUUGGGAUAGAUACCGCCGUGGUUGGUAUUGCCCCAAUGGUUGUUGUCAAUGGAGCUACUACUAUCAAACCUGUUGGAGGUGCUGCUAUUAUCCUGGUGAACAUGUUGAUGUGCGUACUGAUGCUCAACCUCGCAACUAAACAUGAACAUUGUGCUUAAAGUAUAGGCUAUUGUUAUCUAUAUAAAUAAAACUUCAUGGGACGUGUACUUCAUGAGACGUGUACUUAUCUAGUUAUGCAUGAAAUAAAAGUGAAAAUCUUUCACUGUGCAUUAUUACUAAAGGAAUAAUUAAUGGAUUUGGCAAUCGGCAUGAUUCUCAUUUCAA